GUGGAACUCGAGUUGGAAGAGGCGAGUCCGGUCUCAAAAUGGAGGGCCAUGAUCCAAAGGAACCAGAACAGUUGAGGAAGUUGUUUAUUGGUGGUCUGAGCUUUGAAACCACAGAUGAUAGCUUAAGAGAACAUUUUGAGAUAGGGGGCACACUCACAGACUGUGUGGUAAUGAGGAACCCCCAAACAAAACGUUCCAGGGGCUUUGGUUUUGUGACCUACUCUUGUGUUGAAGAGGUGGAUGCUGCAAUGUGUGCUCGGCCACACAAGGUUGAUGGGCAUGUGGUGGAACCAAAGAGAGCCAUUUCUAAAGAGGAUUCUGUAAAGCCUGGUGCCCAUUUAACAGUGAAGAAAAUUUUUGUUGGUGGUAUUAAAGAAGAUACAGAAGAAUAUAAUCUGAGAGACUACUUUGAAAAGUAUGGCAAGAUUGAAACCAUUGAAGUUAUGGAAGACAGGCAGAGUGGAAAAAAGAGAGGAUUUGCUUUUGUAACUUUUGAUGAUUAUGACACCGUUGAUAAAAUUGUUGUUCAGAGAUACCACACUAUUAAUGGGCAUAAUUGUGAGGUGAAAAAGGCUCUUUCUAAACAAGAGAUGCAGUCUGCUGGAUCACAGAGAGGUCGUGGAGGUGGAUCUGGUAACUUUAUGGGUCAUGGAGGAAACUUUGGAGGUGGUGGAGGUAAUUUUGGGCAUGGUGGAAACUUUGGUGGAAGAGGAGGCUAUGGUGGUGGAGGUGGUGGCAGCAGAGGUAGUUAUGGAGGUGGUGAUGGUGGAUAUAAUGGAUUUGGAUGUGAUGGUGGCAACUAUGGUGGCGGUCCUGGUUACAGUAGUAGAGGAGGCUAUGGUGGUGGUGGACCAGGAUAUGGAAACCAGGGUGGUGGCUAUGGUGGUGGUGGAGGAGGAUACGAUGGUUACAAUGAAGGAGGAAAUUUUGGUGGAGGUAACUAUGGUGGUGGUGGUAACUAUAAUGACUUUAGAAAUUAUAGUGGACAACAGCAAUGAAAUUAUGGAUCCAUGAAAGGGGGCAGUUUUGGUGGAAGAAGCUCAGACAGUCCCUAUGGUGGUGGCUAUGGAUCUGGUGGUGGAAGUGGUGGAUAUGGUAGCAGAAUGUUUUAAAAAAAUACAGCAGAAAAGGGCUACAGUUCUUAGCAGGAGAGAGAGUGAGGAGUUGUCAGG